AUGAGCGCACCAGCAUACCGAACUUUUCUCGGUCAACGAGUAUGGCCAGGCUCCUUUUUAAAAGUCUACUACCCAUUCUUCUUUAGUGGAGCAUUUGCAUUCUUCCUGUUUUCGUUUGCUCAUACCAAGAUGAUGGACAACCCAACUAACAAGUGGAUGAACAUUGUCAAGGACGUCAGUGAUGCCACUGGAAAGCAAAAACUACGAAACGACGCUACCAAAUGGUAUGAAGAACAGUUGGCCAAGGAAGCUUCAGCAGGUCACGCCGCUGGUGCAGCUGCCAGUCACUAA